GUUGGCAUUGUACAAGAAAAAGAUAAUAUGAGAUUUAGAAAGUUGGGGCAAAGAGAACUAUGAAGUUGUCAGAUGCUGAUCAACAAGUACAACAUUAUAGAGCCUAAUUCUCAGUUUUUAUGGAUCCAAGUGUUGUAUUUGUGUUCAGAAACACUGGAAAGGUGCACGGAUCAGAGAGGGAGAGAUUAUCACCGCUCCCCCAGGCGAUCUAGAUCAAUUUCACAGGAUCGUGCUGUGAGAGAUGACUACCGGUCUCCCAGUCAGCCCAGAUCCAUGUCAAGGGAUCGUGGGGCGAAAGAUCAUCAUCGUUCUCCCAGGCGAUCUAGAUCUGUUUCACGGUCUCUUUCUCCGCGUUCUCCACAUGGUGAGAGGGAAUACAGAACCAAGCAGAGGUCCCAGGGAGAAUGAUCAGAGUCCACAUGAGGAGAAAGAUCAUGUGCGCAGCAGGUCAAAGAGUCCAAGGCGUGUCAGUCGUAGCCCUUCAAGGCCUGUUCAGGGUC